AUGAUAAAAGAGAGCCCAGUUGGUCGAAUACACUUUUGGAGCACCAAUGCUGAGUUGUGUCAUUUUGAAGUUCUAAUCGCUCGGAGACAGUCGUUCUCUAUGACAAGGUUAUACGACUUGGUUGACUUACAAUGGCUGGAGGCCCUGAUCGUGACCAACCUCGCGAUCUGUUUUAUAUUCAUUCAUACAUCAAUUCAAUGCUGUAAAAAGUCUAGUAAGUUUGACUAUUAAUGUUUUGUAGGUAUAUUGUAGUAGUGUUUCUGAAUAUACCGCUAAGCAUAACUUUUCCAAAAUAUCUUUUGACAUAUUGUUUAUAUUGUCAGAUAAAUUGAGUUUUUUUCAGCUCCGGCUGCAAAGCCUUCUCUCAUUCUACCGCCAACUUCUGCGUCUUCGCCAGCUUCGCCCGCGGCCCUUCCAGCGGCCAAUGCGACUGAUCCUCCUGGACCGGCUGGAGAUAAACCAGCGGCCGCUGCCGAGAACCCAACCCAGUCGCCGGCCGUCAAGGAACAAGAGAUGAAGAGCAUGCAGACUCAGCAGUCGUCCAAGAAGAGUGCCUCCAAGAAGUCAGAGAAGAGUAAGAAGUCCAAGUCACAGAAGGAGAAGGAACGGUCCACGGAAGAUGUAAGUUUAUCAGUAGAAAUAUUUUGAAACUCAAUUGUACAGCCAAUGCUGUUUAUUUGUCCGUUCUGUUUAAGAAAGGGCCUAAAUUCACUUAAAUAUUAUAUUAUUUAUGAUUUUUCUUGAAGUUACACUCAAUUUUUCGAAAGAUCUCAAGUAAUGUGAUCGUAAAAAGGACAAAUAAUAUGAUUGUAAUGUUAUACACAUGGUUUCAGAAGAAGGAAGACAAAGACGACUCAUUCGAACGCCGGAAACCCAAAGUAAAGGAAGCGGGCCGGGCCGAGGAGAUUCGAGAACGAGGCGCCGUGCCCAGGGAACGGGAUGACUACAAGACGAUGAAGGCUGGCAUGCCGACUAGCGACUUCGACAAGUCCCUGAACCUGCCCCAAGACAACAAGAAGGACGUGUUUGUAUAA